UCGGCGCGGGCCCGCGAGAUGCCGGUGUCGGCGGCCCAAGUGGCUGCAGCUGCGGCGGCGGGGGAGGAGGCGGCAGCAGCCGGGCCCGGGAGGGGGGCUGCGCCGGGGCCCCGCGCGUAGCCGGGACGGGGACGAUGGAGGGGCAGAGCGGCCGCUGCAAGAUCGUGGUGGUGGGGGACGCGGAGUGCGGCAAGACGGCGCUGCUGCAGGUGUUCGCCAAGGACGCCUACCCCGGGAGUUAUGUCCCCACCGUGUUUGAGAACUACACCGCCAGCUUUGAGAUCGACAAGCGCCGCAUUGAACUCAACAUGUGGGAUACUUCAGGUUCCUCUUACUAUGAUAAUGUCCGGCCUCUUGCCUAUCCUGACUCGGAUGCAGUGCUCAUCUGCUUCGACAUCAGCCGACCAGAAACACUGGACAGUGUCCUCAAGAAGUGGCAAGGAGAAACUCAGGAGUUCUGCCCCAAUGCCAAGGUUGUGCUGGUGGGCUGCAAGCUAGACAUGCGAACUGACCUGGCCACGCUGCGGGAACUCUCCAAGCAAAGGCUUAUCCCAGUUACACACGAGCAGGGCACUGUGCUAGCCAAGCAGGUGGGCGCUGUGUCCUAUGUGGAGUGUUCCUCCAGAUCCUCCGAGCGCAGCGUCAGGGAUGUCUUCCACGUGGCCACAGUGGCCUCCCUCGGUCGUAGCCAUCGGCAGCUGCGCCGUACCGACUCACGCCGGGGACUGCAGCGAUCGGCCCAGCUGUCUGGUCGGCCAGACCGAGGGCCGGGAACCGAGGGCGAGAUACACAAGGAUCGAGCCAAGAGUUGCAACCUCAUGUGAGGGAUCAGGGUGGGGGGCCGGGCACAAGGCAGCCUGGGGAAGGGUACCCGCUUGUCCCUCUGCCUGCACCUGACUUUCACCACCUCUUGAUUCUGCGGGAGGGACUUCAGGGUGAGUAGAGUGAGUGAUCUGGCACACAGGAGCUGGAGGAGAGAGGGGUCACCCAGCCCUACAACCUUACCCUUCUCUGCAUAGGAAGUGAGGGGAGCUGGCAGGACAGGCAUCUCUCUGGGCCAGGUGUGAGUAUAGGGUGGGGGUUAUGGGGACGUUGCCAGCACAGUGACAUUGGCUUGUUUCCAUCCCAAAGAAAGCACCCAGCUCUCACCUGCUCUCUGGCUCUCCCAAGCUCCUCACUCAUCCUAACCUCCAGGCAUUUUGCACUGUUACAAAACAAAUUGAGGAGCCCCUUCCUCCCUCUCCCCGAAGUCCUUGCUCCUGUCCUUUCUCCUUCCCCUCAGCAAUCCCCCCCAAUAA